AUGUCGUUCGCUGGCGUAUCCUUGAUCCGCGACGGCAGACUACGGCCUUCCGGCUCGGCCAUCAACGAUGCCGGCGCCGUUAGCGGGUACCAUCUGCUUGUGGUUGAAGGCUACUCAUGCAUCAAGCAUAUUCUUAAAGGCAGUCCCAUCGAAUCUCGCUCUUUCAGGGUUGGAGGGUAUCUGUGGUCUCUCAAGUACUACCCUAACGGUUUGCCGUGGGCCUCCCUCGGCGAUGUAUCUGCUGCCCUUGUCCUUGCUCAGGAUGUUUCAAAGCCUGUGAAGGCGCAGUUCAGGUUCAGUUUCAUUGAUCAGUCCGAUAAGCAGGAGUCAAUACGCACUCGUUCUAGAGGAGGUGCCUUUCGUGACAAAUCUCGUGAAUAUUCGAACACCUUAACGAGCAAGGAUGCCUUGGAGAACUCGAAACAUCUCAAGGAUGAUGGUUUCACCCUUUGGUGCGACGUGGUUGUUGUCGUGGAGGACGUCGUCAAUGCCAGGGGCACAGGCGCCGCUCCACCGUUCGUUACGGUUCCGCCGCCCGACAUGCAGAGGCACUUCACCGAUCUCCUGACCGCCCAGGAAGGCACCGACGUGAAGUUCAAGGUUGGCGGCCAGACAAUCGCCGCACAUCGGUGCGUCCUUGCGGCCAGAUCUAGAGUAUUCAAGGCUGAGCUCUUCGGCCCUAUGAAGGAGAGCACGGCGACCGCCAGGGCCAUACACAUAGAGGACACGGAACCUCGAGUUUUCAAGGCAAUGCUUGCGUUCAUUUACAGUGACUCGGAGCCGGAACUGGAGAAGGAAGAUGCUGAAGAUGCGAUGUGGCAGUGGCCGCAGCUGCUCGUCGCGGCGGAUAGGUACGAUCUGCAGCGGCUGAAGCUCAUGUGUGAAGCUAAGAUAUGCGGGUUCAUUGGUGUCAACACCACGACGACCAUCCUGGAACUGGCUGAGAACCACCACUGUGACGGCCUGAGGAAGGCGUGCUAUAAUUUUCUCGGUGCGCCGGGGAACCUGAGGGCUGUCGCGGCCACUGAUGGGUUCGACGAUCUGAUUACGAGCCACCCCUCCGUCAUGAAGGAGCUGAUCGCCAUGCUUGCGCCCUAG